AUGAAAGAUGCGUCAUGUGGCUUGCUGAAAGCAUUAGGCAGCAAGAUAAGCGACCGACCUAUCUCAUUCACAAUGCGAGUCGAAGAUUUGCCUCUUUGUAUGGAACUGGUCACGGGAGCCGCGGUAUCGGUAAUCUCGAUGGACGACUAUAAAGCACUGUUCUCAAGCAAGGUAUUGACUCCCACGUCGUUAGUGCUGAGGACGUAUACAGGAGAAGUUGUAAAGCCUUGUGGCGUGAUUAAAGUCAGCGUAGAUCACAACGGGUGCCACUCUCAACUGCCACUGCACGUACUGCAACAAACUGGACUGCCCUUGAUUGGGAGAGACUGGUUGCGCAACAUCCGUUUAGACUGGCAAAGCCUGAACAGUGUGAAGCCUGAUACAACAAGGGAUAUCCAGCGUUUGUUACACAAGUAUCAAGAUGUCUUUUCGGAAUCGUUGGGACAAAUAACAGAAGAAGAAGCUUCGCUUUUUCUUAAAGAAGGAACAACACCCCGCUUCAUGAAGGCACGCACCGUCCCAUUAGCACUGAGGCCCGCUGUUGAGAAAGAAAUAAAAAAACUAGUGGAAAUGGGAAUUUGGAAGCCAGUUGACACCUCCGAGUAUGGAACGCCAAUCGUCCCAGUUGUAAAGAAAGACUGCACCGUGCGCUUAUGCGGCGAUUAUAAAGUAACUUUAAACCCGUACUCGAACGUUGACAAUUAUCCGCUACCGAGAGUGGACGAAGUACUGAGCGCAUUAGCUUGUGGACAGUUCUACAGCAAAAUAGAUUUAAGCCGAGCAUAUCAGCAAGUACUUAUGAGCCCGACGUCCAGACGGUACCUAACGGUCAACACGCAUAAAGGGCUUUUCGAGGUAAACCGUUUGCCCUUCGGAAUCGCGUCAGCACCCGCGCUAUUCCAACGUAUCAUGGAUAACCUCCUUAAAGGUCUCGAUGGUGUUAUCUGCUACUUGGAUGACAUUCUGAUAACUGGACGAACGGAGGCGGAUCACCUGAAGAAUUUGGAAAACUUGCUAGAGCGGCUGCGGUUAAGAGGAGUGCGGAUAAAGAAAGACAACUGUGAAUUCCUGAAGCGAGAAGUGCGUUUUCUAGGACAUAUCAUAGGAGCAAACGGAGUGUCCACUGACCCGAGGAAAGUGCAGGCGAUCCUGGAAGCGCCAAGGCCGGAAUACCGAAAGCAAUAG